ACCGGCAUUCGCCCUGGUAAGAUAUCCCGCUUGCCCUGUCGCUGUGCGAAACAUCUCAACUCUUGAAGUUUUUCCUUGACAUUCUCGUGAAAGGUUUUCGAGAACAUCAACCCUUGGACUAGACAUAUUGUCGAUGCAGUUAAUGAAAGAAAUGGCCGCGAGACUUGCCCCAGUAACACUACUGACUUUAAUUUUCCUUGUUGGGACCGAUAGCUCACAGCAUAUUGGGAAACCACUGUCCGCAUCUGGAACAACUGUCAUGACGGAGUGCGGUCUCGUCAAAGGGAGUCUGGAACAAGGCGUCAACGUGUUUAAAGGAAUCCCCUACGCUGAGCCGCCUGUAAACCAGAACCGGUGGAAGGCCCCAGUACCUCUCAGUAACUCGACGGGCACCUGCUGGUCGGGAACUUAUGAUGCGACUACAUUCGGGACACAGUGUGUGCAGCCACUGAACUUUUAUAAUUACAACCGAUCGUCUGGGAGUGAAGACUGUUUAUAUCUCAACGUAUGGUCGCCAUCUUUAGACGGAAGUGACAGUCUACCUGUCAUGGUGUGGAUCCAUGGCGGCAAUCUCGUGUUUGGAAAUGGCAGUAUACCCGGUUACUCCCCUAGUCCCGAGCUGGCUAGGGAUUUACAAUUUGUGUUUGUCAGUAUGAACUAUCGACUGGGACCACUGGGGUUUAUGACCCUUGACCUCCUCAGUAAGGCAUCCGAAACAAGAACAUCCGGGAACUACGGUUUUAUGGACCAGAUUCAGGUCUUGAAGUGGGUUCAGUCUAAUAUCAGAAAUUUUGGGGGUGACCCAAACAAGGUAACACUAUUUGGCCACAGUUCCGGGGGCACCAGCGUGUUCGGUCUUUUAGCUUCACCCCCAGCUAAAGGCCUGUUCCAUCGCGCCUGGCUCAUGAGUGCUUCAGCCAUACUGAACAAGACGUCGUCAGAUGCAUCACGUGACAAUCUGGUAUUUUUGAAGACUUCCGGUUGCAAGGACAUUUCGUGCCUCCUUGGUCUAAGCGUGGGAGACGUGAUGCGGGCUAGUCCUUGGGCAGUCUACCCUACGUGGUCUAUGCCGGACAAUACAGACCUUCCUACUAAGGCUGUUUUCGACGGUGCCCUGGCUGUUGUCGAUGGUCACGUGAUCCCCCUCGCUCCCCUAACGGCCUGGCAGACAGGACAUAGGAAUGAUGUUCCCGUCAUCUUCAGUACCACUGGUCAGGAGAUGGACAGAUGGGAACCACGUGACAUAGCUACAUGGACUUGGGCCCAGUACAGGUCAGAGAUCACACGAAAACUCGCCUCGUUUGGGAGUGAAAUACCACACAGAUUACUGGAACUCUACCCUGCAUCUCAGAAUACCACGCCGGACCUCCAGUACUCGGAAAUGACCUCUGACCUGCGUGUUACGUGUCCAGUGGACGUUGUAGCCGAUGUUGCUGACAGCUAUUUCACGUCGUUCACAUACAGAUGCGUGGUGACACAGUGGCCCUCUCAGCCUGUCGGGGGUCGCGCAAGAUAUUCUUAUCAUGGAUGGGACGCUGUUGCCUUUUUCGGAGGAAUAAAGGACAGGAUCCCCAAUCCUUCCCAAUCGGACCGGGAUUUCACUGCCAACUUACGUCGAGAAAUAUCCGCCUUCGUAAAGACUGGUGAACCAGCGUCCAGGACGUGGAAACCGACGAAGAUCAGCACUGCCCUGCUCGGGUCGACAACGACGGUGACCACCUUCUACCACCGGGACCAGUGUUCCUUCCUGCUUCGAAACGGCUUCUUCUCCUAUGCCUGGAUCAACUGACCAUAAAGGUCAAAGUUGUUAAAUCGAAUACAGUAAUUGAUAUUGACCCCUUUAAAAGUAACCCUUCGGAAAACGGACGCUUCUCCUACGUACGGAUCACAGUGUAUGUUAAAAUACACGAAUGUGAACAAGCUUUUAGUUCAAGGUUACCCUUUAAACUUCUGAAUUAAAAUUGAUGUGUCAAUA